AUCAACAUCGCCGUCCAGUGCCUGAGUACGGACUUCAGCAGCCAAAAGGGAGUUAAGGGUCUACCGUUGCACAUUCAAAUCGACACAUUCGAGGAUCCGCGCGAUGCUCAGGUCUUCCAUCGAGGCUACUGCCAAAUUAAGGUCUUCUGCGAUAAGGGUGCUGAGCGCAAAACACGUGAUGAGGAGCGACGCGCUGCUAAACGUAAAAUGACCGCCACAGGACGCAAGAAGCUCGAUGAGCUGUAUCAUCCAGUUACUGAUCGUUCGGAAUUCUAUACAAUGCAGGAUUUGCAAAAGCCACCGGUACUAUUCUCACCCGCCGAUGACAUGGAAAAGAGCUUCUAUGGCCAUGAGACUGAUUCACUGACCGGCGCACCAGAUCUCAAAGGCACAUCACCAUUCUUGUUGCAUGGCCAAAAAGUGGCGGCGCCAACACUCAAAUUCCACAAUCAUUUUCCGCCCGACGUGCAGACCGACAAGAAGGACCACCUGCUGGAUCAAGGUCUAGUACCCAGUGCCAUGGGCGAUUUUGUGCCACCAAUGAAGCGCGGACGCAUGACACCGCCCACCAGUGAACGCGUUAUGCUGUUCGUGCGACAAGAGAACGAAGAGAUCUAUACGCCGCUGCAUGUGGUGCCGCCCACCACUAUUGGCCUCUUGAAUGCGAUUGAAAGUAAAUACAAAAUCUCAACAGCGAGUAUAAAUAAUAUUUAUCGUACAAAUAAGAAAGGGAUUACUGCGAAAAUUGAUGACGAUAUGAUUUCGUAUUAUUGCAAUGAAGAUAUAUUUCUGCUGGAAGUGCAACAGAUCGAAGAUGAUUUAUAUGACAUAACAUUAACGGAGUUACCCAAUCAUUGAGCGAAUAAAGAAGUUUAUAUAAAUAUAGAAUAAAAUAGCUACAAAAAUUGUGCAUGCGAUGCAAUAGCAAGAGCAGCAGAGAACAAAAGCAAUAGCAGCAAUAAGUGAAUACACACACACACACACACUCACGUAUGUAAGAAUAGUGGCAGCUAAGCAAAAACAAGAAGCUGCGAAUUAGAUAAACUCAGCACACAUUGUUAUUGUAUUUGUUUAAAGAAGCUGAUGUGUUAAGUGUUUUUUUAUAAAGAUGAUGACAACAACAAUAACAUUGACAGAAAUGCACAAAACAAUGGACACAAUAUAUAUUAUGGUAGUUAAGCAAUUACAAACGAAACAAAAACAACAAAAAGCAACAAAAAAAAGGAAGCACAAAUCAUACAAGAGCAUAUAUACUCUUAAAUAAGUUUUUUCAUGCUAAUAUUAUUAACUAAGUAUAACGGAAAAUUCAACAGAGGAAGGCGAAAUAAAAAUGUAAGAGCUAAUACAUUUACAAAAACAAAGUAGUCGAAAGCAAAAAAAAGAGAGAGUAUAUAAACAAUAAUAAAUAAUGUUAAGUGUUAGCUUCCGAGUGAAGCAAAGCAACACUGAGAAAUUUGCAAAUUGGCUAAAUAUUAGUAAAAAUGUAUAAGAUAAAAAGUGGUAGAUGCGGCAAAUGGCAAAAAAUUGCAAAGACAAUUAUAAUUUAUCUCCUUUUUAUUAUUUACUUACUUUAACUGAAUAGUGUGCGUAGAAAUCUAAAUGUGUUUAUAUUUUUAUUAAGUAAAUAGUUUAACUUAAGUACACACACGCUUAAUUGAGAUUCGAAUAUAUGCUUUUUACUUUUUCACAAAAAAUCAGAAAAAAAAAAUUAAUUAAUUAAUGCAUUUCACGUAAAGGAAAUUCAACAAAAUUCGCUGAUUUUUUUCAAAAUAUUUUUCCCAUGGUAUACUUUAGAGCCAUUUUGUAAAGAAUUAGCUAAAUUUACAGCAACAAAUUCUCAAAAUUAUUAUUCGAACAGUCAUUGUUGCGCCGCCACAUCGCUUCCAAGUUAAUAAGUUUUGUAAUCCGUUAAGUAAGCAAUAGAUAAGAAAUAGUUUAACUAAGUAAACACAAUACGUAGGCAUGCGACAGGAUAUGCAAAAAAAUGUGUAAGUAUGUAUGUAUUUAACGUAACAAAUAAAAUGCGCCAUAAAGCUUUCACACAUCUCAAAGCUUUCACCACAUGAAAGCUUGCCGCAAGAGCUUUACAUACUUAUUUUGUUCAUCUGCGUAUGCAAUACAACAUUCCAGUGCUUUUCAAUCGCCUUAGUUAAAUGCGAACGUUACAUUAAGAAAGAUGUUAGAACAAAAAAUGCAUAAUUAUAAAUAUCUCUAAACUGUCUCUAGCAGUAAUAGAUUCGUGAAACAGUUUGAACAAACGCUCAAGGCAUUAAGUUAAAAGAUUUCACUUUUUGUAUAU